AUGCCCUCCUCCUCGACUCCCCAGAAGAAACGCGUCCUCGUCGUCGGUGCCGGCGCAGCGGGCAUGGCCUGCGCCGAACAGCUCUCCCGACACCCCGACAGGUUCGAUGUCACGCUCGUCGAGUCGCAGGACUAUUGUGGCGGUCAGGCGUUCUCGAUCGACUUGGACGAGAAGAAGUUUGGCGCGAAGUGGAUGAAUCAGGGUGUUCAGGGCGGCUCGUGGAUCUACCACCACACUUUCCACAUGUUCAAGCAGCAAGGCUACGAGGCAAAGCCUGUCGACCUUGAAGUCUCGUUCGGCGAGGGCGAGCACUUCUGGACCAACGUCUUCCCGACCGUUCUCGUCGAGAAGCACGCGAAGGAGAUCAAGCGCUUCAAGUACGCGCUCAAGAUCAUGCGCUGGUUCGAGCUCUUCUUCGCCAUCAUCCCCAUCAAGGUCUCGCUCAAGAUGUUCUUCUUCUCCGACGAGUUCAUCCACCGGAUGAUCUACCCCAGUCUCGCACUCUUCCUCGGGACCGGCAACGCGACCCCUGACCUUCCCACCAUCAUGCUCGAGCGUCUCUACACUUCGCCUACUUACGGAAUGUGGUAUCCCGCCGACGACAAGAGCCUCUCGAGCCACAAGCCGCCGAUGGUCGUCUUUCCGAACGAGACCGAGUUCUACACCAAGUGGCAGCACGACCUCGAGUCCCGCGGCGUCAACGUCCGCCUCAACACCGAAGUCACGUCCGUCAUCGAGCGCUCCUCGAAGCGAGUUCGUGUGACAGUUCGCGGUCGACGCCCGCAGCCUGAUCACCACAACCCCGUCAAUGGCGACCAGGACCUUCCGGAGAAAGAAGAGGAGUACGACGAGCUUGUUCUCUGCGUUCUAGCCGACACGGCCAAGAUCCUCCUCGGCAAGAAGGCGAGGUGGAUCGAGAAGCGCAUCUUGGGCGUCCCGAAGUGGUCCGACGACGUCACCGUCACGCACCACGACCUCGACUACAUCCGCAAGUGGUACGAAGUCGAGUUCCCGCCCGAGUUGGCGGUCAAGAAGCUUGGAAACCGCGACGAGACGGACCGGUACGAGGCGGGCAAGAAGGCUUUCAAUCCGAUGUACUUGAUCAAGGAGUGCCCGGGCGACCCUCGCAAGCUCGAGAUGUGCUUCGACUGCAGCGCGUUCCAGUUCCAGCUCGACCAGGACAAGCCGCUCGAAGACCACGUUUUCCAGACCAUCUUCCUCAACACGAAACACAAGAAGUACUGGUCGAUGGACGAAAUCAAGAAGGACAAGAUCAUCCGCAUCGACUGGUGGCACCAACUCUGCCACGGCUGGAGACACUACGCCGGCUGCGUUCCCUGGAUGUGGCUCCUCCAGGGCAAGAAGCGCGUGCGCUUUGCAGCAGCAUGGACUUUGGUUAACGCGCACGAGCUCGCCUGCAUCUCCGGCAUGGCAGCUGCUUACUCGCUCGGCGCUUCGUACCCCGAAGAACUUGAGCAGGACGACUUUGCGCUCCUUUGCUUCCGCCUUUACCUCCUCCUCGAUUACCAGAAGUGGUACAAGAAGGGCAGCAACAGGGCGUAG